CCAGCAUUCUUAUCCUUUGCAAUCCUAAAAAAAAAGAUGCUUCUGCCGUUGAUAUUGGCCCGCAUUGUACCGGUCCUUGCAGCGCACGUCUCUGCAGAGAAGCACAAGAGGCAAGCGUCAAGGUGCAAAGCUAUUCCCGGCACCCAGGAAUGGCCGUCCGAGGAGCAGUGGCAGACAUUCAACACCUCACUGGGAGGUCGACUGAUUCGACCAACUCCUCCGGGUGCGAUCUGCCAUCCAGACCAGCCCUCUUAUAACGCCGAGCGUUGUGCUGCAGUCCAGGGCGGCGGCUGGCAGGGCUUUGCCCUCCACGUGAACGACCCGGUUUCCAUGAUGGGCAACACCUGGACGAACGACUCCUGCCUGCCUGAUCCAAGCCUUCCAUGCAGCGGCAGUGGGUAUCCAGUCUAUGUCGUCAACGCAUCGGAUGUUGAGCACGUUCAACUUGGUGUCAAAUUUGCCAAGAAGCACAAUAUUCGACUCGUAGUCAAAGCGACAGGACAUGAUUAUGUCGGUCGCUCUGUGGCGCCAAACUCGCUGUCGAUAUGGACGCACCACCUCACAGGGAUGCAGCACCACUCUGCAGGCAGUUUCAAACCAAAAUGUUGUAGCAACGACGAUGCCGUACACGGCGGCAGUGCGAUCACCGUCAAGGCUGGAUCCCAGAUGCAACAGGUCCACGAGUUCGCCAGUGGGUUCAACGAGGCCGUCGUUGGGGGCAGCGGAAGCACAGUAGGUGUGGGCGGGUAUCUGACUGGUGGUGGACAUUCUCUCUUGAGCACCGAGUAUGGACUCGCCGCGGAUCAAGUCCUCGAGUUGGAAAUUGUGACUCCGACAGGAGAUACAAAGGUGCUCAACGAGUGCAACAACGAGGAACUGUUUUGGGCGGUGCGAGGAAUUCGAACGACCAAGGGAGGAGGUUCGACCUUUGGUAUCAUCACUUCAGCCACCAUCAAAACAUAUCCGACGCCUCAGAUCAGCUCCCUAACAGUUGCUUUGCUACAAAACCCCGCCCUCCCAAACAACCAAACGGUCAUCUGGGACGUAUUAGCAUACGUUUUGAGUGAGAUGCCUCGACUAAGCAAAGCUGGAAUUUCGGGGUACUUGUAUCCCGUAGUCAACCUCACAGUCCCUCAGUUUGGUAUCGAUGGGCCCAUCACAGGAUUGUUCGGUAUCGUCACCAUCCCGGGCGGAAGUAAUGGCAGUGCCGCCAUCCCUUGGCAGCCCAUCGAUGCCUACAUCCAAGCCAACUGGCCUGGCUUGUUCCUGAACGUCAACCAAGUGGAGCAUUACAGUAGCUUUUGGGACUGGAUCCAGGGUCACUUUGACUCUAACCCGGUGGGCGAUAACGGGCUUGCCGGCAGCUGGCUUCUUGACGAACAAGCGCUCACUGGAGACCGGGAGAGGCUCAAAGAUGCCUUUCAGCACUUUGCGGUCCGGGGAUGGGCGACACUGCAUCUGGUCGCCGGCAAGGGCGUCAGGGAUGCAGAGCUGACAGGCGGCGGAAACUCAGUGUUGCCUGCUUGGAGGAGGGCUUAUGUCCAUGCCACUUGUGGAGUUGGGUUCCCGCCGCUGAAUGCAACUGCCAAAGCCGAGGGCAUCAAAGCAAUCGACCGAAGCGUGGCAGCCCUGAGGGAGCUCGCGCCGGACAUGGGAGCGUACAUGAACGAGGCAAAUGCAUACGAGCCAGACUUUCAGAGAGCUUUCUGGGGCUCAAACUAUGACCGACUACAGUCUAUAAAGAGAGCUGUCGAUCCAGAUGACAUCUUUUGGUGUCAUCCUUGUGUGGGGAAUGAGCGCUGGAGGGAAUUGGAUGGCAAGCUCUGCCGCGUUUGA